UCGUUUUCCACCUGGUGGUCCACUUGAUGGCAGCUUGCAUCAAUCCGGCAGAGGCUACUGUGAGGCUCAAGAACUAUGCAGAGCCUGUGCCUCAUUUUGACCGCAGCAAACCCGCUCAUGUCAUCCAGAACCUGUGUCAAGUCACAGACGGAAGCAUGCGAGGCCUAACAGCCCAAGUGACGGCUCUGCUGCGCUUGCCCGAGGUGACGGUUCCAGCCUGUGCGGGAGACGGCGUGACCUCAGCAUGGGGGCUUCGUGGCAGGCUCGCUGCGGGGAGACACGCACUUGCUUGCCGGGCUUGUGGUCCAGAACUCCAGGUAGUGAACUUCCUGACAGGGGCGCGGCUGUCUGCCCAUCGAUUCAGGGGAGCGGAUCAGCAGCCUCCCACAGUCCUGGCGAUGAAGGAGUUCUCCUGGCAGCAGAGAGCUGGAUUCACUACUGCCUUGCUGAAGAAGUUAGUUUAUCUGGUAGAAGGCCCCACAGUUUGGAGGUGCCAAGACCUCCAAGUUGUCACCGGCACUCCAGCCGAGGUGGCGCGCGUCAGAGAGACGGCGGUGCCGGCAGGGCGCCAUCUGUGCUUCCAGCUCGCCAGCCCGUCGGGGACAGCCGUGUCGGCGCUCCGUUACAUCCGCAGGACCAACCAGCUGGCCGUGGGCUUCUCCGAUGGCUGUCUGGCUCUGUGGAAUUUGAAAAGCAUGAAAAGAGAGUGCCACACACAGCUGGCAGGGGGAAGGGUUCCUGUGUGCGCGCUCACCUUUCAGGAACCGGAGAACGACCCUCGCCAUCGCUGUUACCUGUGGGCCGUUCAGUCCAGACAGGACAGUGAAGGGGACGUUUUGAGUUUACGUUUGCUUCAGCUGGCCUUUGGUGACAGAAAGUGUUUGGCAUCAGGACGAAUCUUAUAUGAGGGCUUAGAGAACUGUGAAGAAAGAUACACACUGAACCUCUCCGGUGGCAUGUGUCCUCUGAGGGGACAGACUAGCAACCCCAAACUGCUGGGAUGCCAGAGCAUAGAGAUAUUUCGAUAUCAUGAUGACAGAGAGGAAGGUAUGAAUGAAGGCCUGACGGACCUCCACAGGAAGUGCCUGGUGACCCGCCUCAUCUGCCGCUACACACAGGUGGUGCUGUGGUUCCUUCGCUCCGGGCUGCUGCCAGCGGGCUCAGACGAUGCCAUGCCCCCGCCGCGCUUGUGCUACAACUACCCCGUCAUCCAGAACUACUACACGAGCCGUCGACAGAAGUGUGAGCAUCUGUCCAGAGGGAAGUGGAAUCCUGAUCACUUGAUGAUUGACGGGAUGGUUUCUCAGCUGGGAGGGGGCGUGGAGAAGCUGUGGAAACGGGGUGAAGGAGGCACCGGAAAAUACCCCCCCAGCAGUCUACACGCACUCCUGGACAUUUACCUGCUGAACGGCGUGACGGAAGCAAGCAAACAUGCUGUCACCAUUUAUUUGUUACUUGAUAUCAUGUAUUCCUUCCCAAACAAAACAGAUACUUGCAUCAACUCAUUUCGGACUGCCUUUGCCAUUUCUUGGGGCCAGGUUAAACUUAUCCGAGGGUUUUGGCUGAUAGAUCAUAAUGACUAUGAGAGUGGCUUGGAUCUUCUCUGUCACCCGAGCACUGCAAAACCUGUGUCGUGGCAGCAUUCGAGAAUCAUUCAAGCCUUCAUGAGUCAGGGCGAGCUCAGACAUGCCCUCCGGUACAUCCAGACCUUGAAGCCCACGGUGUCCAGUGUCGAGGACGUCCUCCUUCACCUCACCGUUCUGCUUUCUAACAGGUAUGUGGUGGAGGCGUGGACUUUCCUGCGACAGAACUCCCCCGGCCGGAACGUGGAGGAGCUUCUGUGGCACGUGUACGAGGUCUGCCAGGAGACGGGCCUCAUGGAGGAUUUGCUGCAGCUGCCCUUUACGGACACCGAGCAGGAGUGCUUGGUGAGGUGUUUGCAGUCCAGCCCCAGUGUUCGAAGUCGAGAAUUCCUUCUAGUUCACUAUCUGCAGCGUGCCAAUUACGCCUCUGCCCUGAGGCUGAACGAAACUCUGAACGCUCACCUCAUGAAUGAGCAUGAUCCUCUUCUGCGGGAGAGAUCAGUGAUUCGGAAUGCGAUCGUAGAACAAUAUGGGAAAAGCCUUCCUAAACUCCAGCAGACAUUAGCCUUUGAGCAAGCUAAGCCUUACCAACUGUCCACUGUUCUUCAAGAAGUUUCUAGACCCAAACCAUUAUCUACUGUUAUAAAGCAGACCGGAACAGGGAUUGUGUUAACAAGAUCUACUUUCAUCAGUAGCGUGUUGUCUAAAAUUGGAGAGGUUUGGGCAAACAGUGACCCUAAAGACGGCACAUCAGCCUGCAGCAGUCCUAAAACAGAAGGACCAUCUCCUCCUCGCUCACAUGCAAAAAUGCCUGAGGCAUUUGUUGGAACACCAGUUCUAGAAGCAUCACAAAAAGUUUCUAGACCGCUGGAUCGGGCUGUCCAUCCCGUGGCCCGGCCUUCUCAGCGUUUGGGAUUCACUCAGCAAACACCCCCAAGGUCUCCUUUGUGCCGAGCAUCCAGUGCGUUGCCAACAAGGUCCCGAGAGAAAGGAUGGGGUCCGAGUUCUCCCAGGGCUUCAGAAUUCCGCAUCCUCAGAACUCCCUUUGUAGUGAACAAAGCUAAAACUCUGGCCAUGUCUGCCACUUCCUCUGGGUUUGCCGAUUUCACUCCUCCAUCCAUCUUAAGGUCUGGUCUUCGAACAUCACCUUUACCACCUCCAUCUCUGUCGCCUGGAAAGUUCCUUCCCACUUCUUUGCGACUUAAGGAAACUAGAAUUUCAUUCAUGGAAGAAGGCGUGGCCACAAAACAGACUGCUGAAGGUGCAGAUGACAGCAGAACAAAAGUAUCCCUCGCUCCCCCUUUCCAUAAAUGCGGAGCCCCAGCGGAAAGCAGAUGGCUAAGGAGCAAGACGGCAGCCUCCUCCCCGGACAGUCCUGAGAAGGACCAUCAAGAAACGGACCUGAGAUCUGAGGACACAGCCUCACAGAGUUUGGAGAAACUGGACGUGAGCAAAGAACGUAGCGGUACUUCAACCAGGUCGGACCAGACCACCUUGGAGUACCAGGAGGCGCCGUCCCCAGGAGACUCUGAAGAACUUUUUGUGGCCUCAAAGCCAGCGAGCUCUUCCACAGAACUAAUGACUAAUUUCACUGAACCGACCGAGAACCACAGUGAUAAAGACGGUCUUGAAUCAGAAGUAACUCCUCCAGACCUGGAGAAACAAAUGGGCCCUUUGGAAGAGGCGGCUGCAGAGGCAGAACCUGCAGAGCUCAGCCCCUCGAGCGCCGUCCACGGAGUGGAAGGUUCGCUCUGUGCACCAGCGGCCCACGAAGGGAAAGUCCUCCCCCUGAAAAUGCGAGCACCAGUUCUGGACGAAGGAGGAGUGUCUGUGGAGGCUGGCACCUCUUCACGCAGAGCAGCUGCGGCCGAUGUCUGUGGUGACGCUGGGGACCUGGGGCUUGUCUCCGAAAGUCCCGGUACCUCUGAUCCUAAGUCUGACCGAGAAAUCGCACUGACCUUCAAAGAUCAGGAAGUAGCAGCUGAUGUACUGAAAGCAGGUGUCGACUUAGCAGAAGAAAAGCCUCCUGUUUCUGACAGUCCUCCAGAUGCACAAGAAAUUCAUGUGAUUGAACAUGAAAGGCUUGGAGUUCAAGAUUCAGGACACAAGGCUAGCAAUCUUUCAUUUAAUGAGUUGUAUCCCUCAGGGACCCUUAAGCUCCAGGAUAAUUUUGAUACCAUUGAGCAGCAGUUCGGUGACCUACCAGAUAAUAAAGACUCCGCGGAGUGUGACAUUGCCAAAGUAGAUGGGAAACGUUUUGGGGCCCAGAGCAACUUUACCUUGAUACUGGAAGGCGAAGAAGGAGAGAUUGAGGCGGGCGAUUCUAUAGCAUCUAAUGUGUUCGCCAAAGCAGCAAACACGGCAGCAGAGGAGAAACACGGCUGCGGCGGGGAGAUUGGUCAUCACGGACAUGCCGCAGAUUCCCCAUCUGUCACCGCGAGAGACCGGGAAUCCCAGCAGGUGGAGGCGUUACCUCGUGUGCCUGAACCCAUUCAACUGGCAGCAGAUAGCGACGGGCACGCUGUCUGCCCGAGGCCGGAGCCGGCCAGUUCAGCGGCUGCGCUGCUUCCCGCCACAGCCCAGGGAGGCUGUGGUAGGAGACUCAGUUCAGGGUCACGGAGCCCCUCCGGAGAAGUGGCCACCUCCUGCUGGCGGCUCCGGGUUGUUAGAGCCGCGUCCCAGCUGGGCCCUGGCUUGGCAGCGAGCACUUUGGAACUCCGUGAGGAGCGCUGGGGAGAGAUGGGCGAGGAGCUAACAUGCCGAGAGGUGGAACCGAGGCUUGUGUGGCUGAUAGCACGUGGAAGGCGUGGUGGCGGCCGCACACCUCUGCACCUGCUGGCGUGGGAAAAAAAUAGAUCUCGAGAUCCAUAUGCGUGGACCUGGAUUUCAGUGUUUGUUUUUCUUUCCCGCCUUUCUGCAGCUGAAAUGAUAGAGGCCCUGGCACAGCUCCGAGGGUUAGCUUCAGAUUUAUCUCCCAAAUUUGUCUUCUCACCACCUACUCUACGGACCAGGCAGGAAAACGCAUCCAAUACAUCCAGACUUGGAGACAAACCGAAAGCUAAUACCCAAUCAACAGAAACCGUGGGAAAGCAAAAGGCGAAAACAUCCAGGACUACAAAGACCAGACUAAGAAGCAGAAACAAAAAGGAAGACCCCUGGCCCCCUCCUCCAGUGAAGAUCAGGCUGAUUUCUCCUCUGGGAAGCCUGGCUCAGGAGGAAAAGAACAAGCCUCAAAAAGUUCCCGCCGUCCUGGCGAGAGGCCUGGGAAGGAGCAGGAAGAAACGGUCUUCGUUACCAAAGCAAGUUUGAUGCCGAAAAUUGCUGUAA